AUGUCUGUCGACGUCUCUCCGAACCUAUGCCCAAACCUCAAGGCUCGAGUCUCUUUGGAUCUAGGAAAAGCUGGUCUCUUUUAUUGGACGCAGCUAGGUGGGACACAAACCUCGAAGUCACACACAAGCUGUACCGACGCUGCAUGCUAUGCAAAUGAUACUCAUGCGGCAGUAUGUCAUAUCCGAAGCGGGUGCUCGUGCCCUCUCCUUGGUCCUCAAAUCCUGGAUGUCAUGAGAAUCCUGAAAGAAGGUCUUUUUGCGCUCAUUGCGAUCGAUAACGAAGGCGACCAGGCGAAGGUGGUUGUUAGACCAUAUAAGCCGGGAGUGAGUUUUACACUUAUAUCCCAUGCUCUAGGCGAUUGUCUCGCCAACAGAGCAGAGAAUACACUCCCCACCUGCCAGCUAAAGAACAUCCGCCACAUCUUAUGCAACAUACACAAACCCGAAUUCCAGUCAGAGGAGCGAAACUGGUUCUGGCUGGACACCCUGUGCAUCCCUCUAUCGCAUCUAGGAACCUCAAUUACCCGACACAGUUUGACGAAGUCCAUGAAGUCGAUUGCCAAAGCUGCUCACAAGACUCUUGUUCUCGACUCUGAUAUCUCGCUGUUAAGGUCGUCUUCUAAGCCUGAAGAAAUGUUUUUGCGAAUAGCAUAUUCUAGUUGGAACAGCCGCCUCUGGACUCUUCAAGAAGCUGUCUUCGCGAAUAAGCUGAUUCUCCAUCUCUCAGAUCAGGACAUCGAGCUCGAAUCCUUGAAGGAAAUGUGUCGGGACUCACUCCUAAAUACAGACACGAAGUAUCCAUGGGACGUAAAGUUUCCUUUCCUUAUAUUAAGACAGUACUUGGAUUCCUUUCAUGCCAACCUGGUGAGGAGUGUAAGUCACGAUAUAUUUUUGCGAGAGGCAAUCGAGGGACGAACUACGACUGAGAAAGCAGAUAAGCGUUUGGUAAUCGCAAACCUUCUUGAUAUUGAAGAGACCGAACUGGAUACUUGUGUAGAACUGGUCAAGUUACUAACAGCUCAGGAGACGCACAUCGGCUGUCAUAUAAGCGUGCUAGAAGAUCCAGCAGCGAGCAAUGUCUCUUGA